AAGCAGCGCCUGAUAAAGCUGCCUAGGAUUACCUAGGCCUCGGGUUGGGUUGCUCGAUUCAGCUUCUGCAUGCGUGAUCACCGCGCGAGCAACACAGGCUCCAGUACCAGUUAUACUCGUGUUGCAGCAAAGUCAAAAUCAACAUAGCCUAGCUGUACUGACUUUGCAGAGCGAAAUAACUCGCUCCUCCCGAAGCCCAGAGCUGAGCGCAGCAGGCUAGGAUUGAGUAGCGAGCGAGCUACGAGUCAAGCGUAGUCAGUUCUAUAAUAUUAGGUAGCCAUAGAGGCCUGAACGCGGUUCACUAGCCUCUUGGAACUAUACGUCGGUAGAAGCCGUGAAGAAUGCCUCCGGCUGGCGGUGGUUCGGAGUCUGUGAAGGUGGUCGUGCGCUGCCGGCCUCUGAACGGCAAGGAGAAGGCAGAUGGCCGCUCGCGUAUUGUGGAUAUGGAUGUGGAUGCGGGCCAGGUCAAGGUCCGCAACCCUAAGGCGGAUGCCAGCGAGCCACCAAAGGCGUUCACCUUCGAUCAGGUGUACGACUGGAACUGCCAGCAGCGGGACGUGUUCGACAUCACGGCCAGGCCGCUGAUUGACUCUUGCAUCGAGGGCUACAACGGCACCAUCUUCGCGUACGGCCAGACCGGCACGGGCAAGUCGCACACCAUGGAGGGCAAGGAUGAACCGCCCGAGCUGCGCGGCCUCAUCCCCAACACCUUCCGCUACGUGUUCGAGAUCAUUGCGCGCGACAGCGGCACGAAGGAGUUCCUCGUGCGCUCCAGCUACCUGGAGAUCUACAACGAGGAGGUGCGCGACCUGCUAGGCAAGGACCACAGCAAGAAGAUGGAGCUCAAGGAGAGCCCCGACCGCGGCGUGUACGUGAAGGACCUGUCGCAGUUUGUGUGCAAGAACUACGAGGAGAUGAACAAGGUCCUCCUGGCUGGCAAGGACAACCGGCAGGUGGGCGCCACACUGAUGAACCAGGACUCCUCGCGCUCGCACUCCAUCUUCACCAUCACCAUCGAGUGCAUUGAGAAGCUGGAGAGCGCCGCAGCUCAGAAGCCGGGCGCCAAGAAGGACGACAGCAACCACGUGCGUGUGGGCAAGCUGAACCUGGUGGACCUGGCGGGUAGCGAGCGCCAGGACAAGACCGGAGCCACCGGUGACCGCCUCAAGGAGGGCAUCAAGAUCAACCUGUCGCUGACGGCGCUGGGCAACGUGAUCUCGGCCCUGGUGGACGGCAAGAGCGGCCACAUCCCCUACCGUGACUCCAAGCUCACGCGUCUGCUGCAGGACUCCCUGGGCGGCAACACCAAGACGGUGAUGGUUGCAAACAUCGGCCCUGCGGACUGGAACUACGAUGAGACCAUGUCGACCCUGCGUUACGCCAACCGCGCCAAGAACAUCCAGAACAAGCCCAAGAUUAACGAGGACCCCAAGGACGCGAUGCUUCGCCAGUUCCAGGAGGAGAUCAAGAAGCUCAAGGAGCAACUGGCGGCGCGCGCUGCUGGCGGCGGCGGCCCCAUCACUAUGCCGUCCGGUGGCGGCAGCCCCACGCAGAAGAUUGUGGAGCGCACGGAGGAGGUGGACCCCGACAUCGACGCCAUCAAGGCGCAGAUGCGCGCCGAGCUGGAGGCCAAGAUGAAGAGCGACAUCAGCACGGAGGCGCUGGACAAGGCGCGUGAGGAGGCGGAGGCGGCGGCAAAAAAGCAGCUGCAGGCCAUUAUUGACGACCAAGGCAAGACGGAGGCGCAGAAGAAGGCGGCGCGCGAUGCGCUGAAGAAGCAGGCGGAGGAGGCGCGCGCCAUUGCGGGCGCCAUCGAGAAGGAGAAGCAGGAGAAGGCGGUGUUGGAGUCGCGGAUCAAGGAGAUGGAGGGCAAGAUCGUGGUGGGCGGUGUGAACAUGCUGGAAAAGGUGGACGAGCUGAAGCAGAAGAGCGAGGACAUUAAGCGCGAGGCCGCCAUUCGCAAGCGCCAGGAGGAGGAGGCCAAGCGCAGGUUGGAGGAGCUGCAGGCGGCGCAGGUGGACGCAGACGCCAAGUUUGCGUCGCUGGAUGAGGAGAUCAAUGUCAAGAGCCGGCAGCUGAAGAAGCUGUUUGAGAAGUACCAGGGCAAGAAGGGCGAGCUGGCGGACCUGCAGGAGCAGUUCCAGCGCGAGCGCGAGGGCAUGCUGGAGGACUACCGCAUCCUCACACAGCAGAUCAAGCUGAAGAACCUGAUCAUCGCUUGCUUCAUCCCGCCGGACUACCAGGACAAGAUCAUGCAGCACUGCCAUUGGCAGGACUACGACAGCAGUUGGAACAUCGACUGCAUCGCGUACGCAGGCAAUGCGGUGCGCACCAACCAGGAGCUGCAGGCGCAGGAGGACAAGGAGCACGACGCGGCGGCGGAGAACGAGCGGCUCAAGAAUUGCUUCUUCAGCUACGAGCAGUUCGAGGCGGCCGGGGCGGGCUCCAAGCAGGGCGGUGGUGGUGGUGGUGGUGGUGGUGGUGCGGCCCGUCCGGGCAGCUCCGCAGGGCGCGCGGUGGGCAGUGCGGCGCGGCGCACAGGCGGCAAGGCCGGCGGCAAGGACAUCACCGACAUCGGCUCACUGCGCGACUCGGUCAACUGGGGCGACGAUGACGACAAGAAAAAGGGGGCCAUCCCCAAGGCGAAGGGCCUGGUCAAGGACACAGUGGACCCGCGGCUGCGCGCCAGCAAGCUCAAGUAGCGGGAGCAGCAGUGCACCAGUAGCAGGCAGCGGGCGUAGAGGUUUCAGUGUGUGAAGUAACGGGGCAGGAGGUGCGGUUUACUUAGGCGUGGCGGUGGGGCUGAUGGCCGUACAUACGUGCAUGCGUGCGUGCGUGCGUGCGGCGGCAGUGUGCCAAUGUCCAAUGGUGUCCAGUGAAGCCGGCGUUGCGCGGCGCAUGUACAUAUGCUGACGAGCGUGAUUGCAGACAUAUGAUGAUGAUUUAUUCCAAGACGGUGUGCACGUCGGCUAGGUGUGCAUGGAUGUGCACAAGCCCAACGCGGCAUGUGUUAGGCUCAGAUGGAUGGUACAGUAUGGACGUGCUUGAAGAAACGCAGCACGCACAAGCGAACAUGACGUUGUAGAGCCGAGGCAUGGUAGGGCACUUCCUGUUGUGGCUGCCAGCAAGUGCUGAUGGCGGCAUUGGCCCUGGAAGACGGGCUGUUACCUGUAAGCCAUCACUCAU